AUGUCGCUCGACCCAACGCACGAGCCGCUCGCGACGGCGGCCCCGUACCCAAUCACCACGUGGUUCUUCCUGUGCGGCCCCCUGGCCGCCACCGUCUUCCUGCUGGGACUGGCCGCGAACCUGCACGUCUUCCAGCGCCAGCGCUUGGCCUUCGACCGGGUCCUCGACAUGCGGCCGGACGAGGUGCCCCAAGCGCGCGGCAUCUGCCAGACGGCGCUCUUCCUGCUCCUCACGCAGCUCGUGCUCUUCAACGCGUACGCCGCCCAACGCGGCCGCGCGUUCGGACACGACGAGACGCACACGGAGCUGCUGCUGUUGGGUUACGUGGCCGUCGCAGCCGCUCUGCUCGUGUGUCCGCUGGACGUGCUGCACUACAAGUUCCGGCGCUACGUCGUGCGGAAGCUCACGCGCUGUCUGUGGCCCUUUCAGCGCUGGUCGCUGCAGCUGCCGGCGCACGCGACGCCGUUCAGUGAGGUCUUUCUCGCGGACGGCCUCACAUCGCUGUCCAAGUGCAGUCAGGACCUGGCGGUCGCGCUCCUGCUGCUCGUGCGGUCGCUCACUGUGGAGCCAAAAGAGCUGCACGCGUCGUACCUUUCCAAGCUGAAGGAGUCGCCGCUGCCGUAUUUCGCAGCCAGUGCGCCGUACAUCCUCCGCGCGACGCAGUGUCUGAUCUCGUUCCAGCGCACAACCAGCGCGAACGACCGCUUCCUACACCUGCUCAACACGAUGAAGUACUGCUCCAGUUUGCUGGUGAUCUCCGUGGGCGCUCAGCCGAUGCUCAGGGGGCUCGCGCGGCCCGAACACAGCAGUUUCUUUCUGCUCUGUGCCGUGUUCAACUCGCUCUACUCGUUCCUAUGGGACGUCAUCAUGGACUGGGGCCUGGGCCAGCCGCACCUGCCCCGACGAGUGGUCUUCUUGCGGCACCAGCUGACAUACCGCCCACGUCAGGUGUACUACCUGAUCAUCCUCGUGGACUUUGCGCUCCGCAUUAUGUGGGUGACCAAAUGGUGGGACUGGAUGCACAUUGGCGUGCACUUUAAACUCGUCUCGCAGGUCGCGGAGGUCGUGCGGCGUAUCAUGUGGAACUUUGUGCGUGUGGAGUGGGAGUGCAUGAAGCUCGACAUCCUGAGCAGCAAGAAGACGGAGACCUCCGCAGACACUCUGAAGCUCGAGAGGAGCAUUGAAAAGAGGCCAAUGAUGAUGGGGCACGAUGAAGUCGAUGCGUCGGAAGUGCUGAAGUCCAGAACCACAUCGCUCGGGCGUCCCGAUCCCUUCUCGAGUGAGCACAGCGGCAAUGAAACCAGCAGUACGUCAAGUCAGAGCCCUAGCGACGGUAGCAAUCUGCUCUUCCACAUGACGAGACACGCUCGUGCUGUCGACGGUAGUAGUCAUCGAAACGACAGGACACAACAGGAUCGAGAGACUGCAUCGGCGGCCAUCACUGUCGCUAGCUAUUCCGGAAAGCUACAGGCGAUGCUGGUGGGCGGGCGAAAGUUCGCUGCGUCGACUUCUGUUCGAUGA